GGCGUGGCCUGUGCCAGGUGCGGUGGGCGUGGCCUCGGGGGUGUCACGUGACGGGGGCGUGGCCUCGGGAGCGGCCCCGGAAGGAGGAGACGGGAGCGGGACAGCCGCAGGAGCCCCGGGGCCCCCCCAGGACCCCCCCCCAUGGCCGGAGCCCCUCAGCUGGCCCUGGCCCUGGCCCUGCCCUGCCUCGCCCUGGCCCAGACCUCUCCCAGUGUGACCAGUAACGACUCCAGUAACGGGACCACCCCCCACGGCGGCGGGGGGGGGCUCUCGCCCGCGGGGGUGGUGGCGCUCUCGGUGGUCUUUGGGGGUCUGGGGGCUUUGGGGCUCGUGGGGCUGCUGCUGGCGGCGGCGCUGAGGCUGCGCGAGAAGCGCCGCACCGAGGGCUCCUACAGACCCAGCCGCGAGGAGCUGGGGGGGGGCGCCGGGGAGCCCCCCCGGGACCCCCCCCCGCUGCGCCUGCCCCCCGAGGAGAGGCUGAUCUGAGACCCCUCCCCAAAUCCCGCAUCGGCUGCGACCCCUCCCCGAACUGCGGGGAUCGGAUGAGGCUGCGGAGGGACCGUGGGGGGUCAUUCUGGGGGGGUCCCUGAAGGGCUGA